AUGGAUGUUUGCCGAAUGAUUGAUCAGGCAUUUGAACUGUUGAGAUUGAUGGCGUUGAAGGGCAGUGGGUAUUGCGAGGAAGGUAAUUUUCACCAAGCACUUGUUCUGCAAGAGGAGAGGCGGAAGAAUCGCUUGUCUCCCAAUGUUUUCAAUGUCAUUAAUGCUAAGUGUAAGGCUAAGAAUUUAAAUCGAGCAAUGGAGUUUUUCGAUCAGAUGCGUGUUAGAGGACUUCGUCCAAAUGAGAGGAUGUAUACUACGUUGAUUGAUGGUUUCUCCCUACAAGGGUUCUUAAAUGAAGCUUAUGAUGGUCUGAAGGAAAUGAUUGGGAUGGAUUAUCACCUUCAAUUGUGA